AGUUCGUUGUUCAUCUGCUGGACAAAACUAUAGCCAGCACAAUCAAGGGAAGAGAAGUCGGAAACGAGAAGUUGAUGAUCAUCUUGGACUUGCAGCAAAUUGGAUAUAAAAAUGUGGACGCUCGUGGGUUUAUCACUGGCUUCCAGUUUUUGCAGGCUUACUACCCAGAGCGCUUGCACAAGCUGUACAUCUUAAACAUGCCGCGAUUCUUUGCAAGCGUAUGGAGGAUAGUGUCGCGAUGCCUCGAGAAGGCUACAUUAGAGAAGAUAAUGAUAGUUACCAAUGACAAAGAGAUGGAAGUACUUGUGAGGGAAGUCGGGGAAGAGACAUUGCCAGAAGAGUACGGAGGCCGGGCUGAGCUUGUGGCUAUUCAGGAUGUCACAUUGGCGUUUCCUCGAUUGGAAGGAUGAUAUUUUACCGUGAGAAAGAAGAAUUAAUUUGACAGAUUGCAAUGGAAGCUUAGCUAUGGCGCAUCUUGCAGCCCCAGAUUGGAUAUGCAGCGUUGUCGAUUUAACUUGCUUCACAAGACAUGGUUAGUACCUACUGCACGUUCAAUAAUGGAAGGCAUGGCUAGUUCCAAACUGAUCAACACACUGUGGACUGUGACUAUGUUAAUCUAAUUAUAUGAGUUGGAAGUAUAGAUGGAUUGUCUGUCAUAUUCUUCUUCUCCUUGCUGGAACUUGCAUGCAUGUUAGAAGAAUAAAACUUCCUUAAUCCAAUUUCUUGUUUUCAACUGCGUUUUUGGCUUAACCAUGUUUAGGACGAAGAAUAAGUUG